GCGCGCGGUUGCCGCGGUGACCGGCGGCGCCGCACACGGGCGGGCUUUGUGAGUCUCGGCGCGUGGCCGCGGAGGUGCUGGGACCCCGGCCUGCGCCGGCGGGGCGGCGGGCUCACCUAUGGGACUUUCCAAAAGCAAGCCCAAGCCCAGGAAAGGUGAGGAGCCGAGGAAGGGGUCCUCCUACUCGAGUUCGCGGUCCAAGGAGGCCAAGCUGGCAGACCGGGAGCCCGAGAAGCUCUCCGACAGCCUCCUCUCCAGGAAGGGGUCGGCCAAGCACGGAAGGCCUUCUGCGUCGUCGGAAGAGAAACCUGAUGUAAAGCAAAAGUCGAACAAGAAGAAAUUUGUCAUUCCGCAGAUCAUCAUCACUCGGGCCUCAAAUGAGACUCUAAUCAGCUACUGUUCCACUGAAAGCGAAGAGCAGAGAACCAUUCGAGAACAGGCUGAUUGGGGCCCCUACCACCGACACAGGAACCCCAGUACAGUGGCUGCUUAUGGUCUGCAUACUAAAGAAUAAACAAGCACCCCCAAACUCACUCUGAGUCUCAGCCACACUGGCAAAAGGACCACCCUCCCUGCCCCUUGGGAGGCAAGGGGUCCUCAGUCCACUAGGUUCUUCCACAGUGGCCACCUUGGUCUUACCUUCCCCAGGGCUGGCAGCUUGAUGGAGUGACAGUGACAGGUUCAGAGUGAACUUUGAGGUGCUAAAUGAAUAAACUAGCAUGUCCUGUUGGAAGUGGCUGGCUGUGCCGGGUGAUGGGCAGCAGGUGGCACGGACUCUGACUUAGGUGGGCAGUAAGUACUUGGAAGUUAUGGAAAAUGGCCUGUCCCCAGACUUGGAGAAAAGGCCAGAGUCUGAGUACAUCUUUGAGAUGUAAUGUAGAACAGUUGUAGGGCUGCCGUGUGCUACUGGCUUCUGUGCUGCCUGCUGUGCCUCGACCUAAUGUGUCCAAGGCCCAGAAUAGUGCAGGAUGUACCCUGGGGUGGCAGACAGGGUACUCAGGCUUUGGAAGUGACCUUGCCAAUGCUGUCCUGUCUUUCUGGCCCUAUGGACAAGGGUCCUGGUA